AUGUCGGACGACCCAGCUGCAUACCAGCAGUUCCUGGAAGCGCUGGCGACACAAGCUACGGCGGUUAACUUGGUCGCAGCAUCUUGCUUAACGCUUCUGAUCUACAACCAUCUCUUAACUUUGGAUCAAGAGAUCACUCAAUUCUGGCCAUUCAAUUGUAUCUGUAUGUCCGUCCUCCGUACUCCAAUGACAAGGAUCCCGGUGAUUGAGUUGUGUUCGUUGCAGCUGCUUCCCGCCCUUUCCAGCCCGACAGUUUGUUCGUGGCCCAUAUUCGAACUUCCAACCGCCACUACUGAUCCACGCCUCAAUCCAGCUGUAUUUUCUAUCUUCGCUGGCUCACGAUUUCCUUUACAACGACUACAGCAAUUGUUCAAGGUUAUCCUUUCAAUCGGAUGUUUCUUCUAUUUCGGGGGAGUCGUGACCCUCAUUGGACUCGUCAUCCAAGACUAUGUUGGAGAGGACGUCUUGAUUGACAACACCUUGUCGAAACUCCCUUUACCCGGAUGUUACGCAACAAGUGUCCCCGCCAUUAUUGCUGGCUUCUGGAUUGCGCCUCUGAUCGUCGAGACCGUUCUGGUCGGACUUGUCGUCGCGCGAGCUUGGCUUUGGAAAAGACGCGGGAUGAACGUUCCACCUUUGCUCGCUGGACUUGCUAGGGACUCCACGAUCUAUUACAUUGUACCAUCGACUACCGCAGGAUGUAUCCUUGGCUCGCAUAUGCUUCUCAACCUACGAAAAAUGGACCGAUCGAAUCACCCGACCGAAUCGCAACAAUACGGUAUCGCACUGAGCAAUUGGAGAAACCAAGCGACACGCAACAGUCAGAUGCCCUGGCCCACAUCCGACCCAUCCACUUCUCAAUCCGACCCAUACUUCCCUGGAGGCCCUCGAGUUGACGUCAAGUUUUCAACUGAGGCUUGA